AUGAUUUAUAUUAUUGAACACAUGGAAGAUGGAUUCAGUGAAUGGGUGACAUUAGAGUAUGCACAAAUAAUAAGAGACAUCGGUGCCCACAAUUUGAUCCUUGUGUCUGUACCAAGGGAUAUUACACUGGAAAACAUCCCCAAGAUAUUGAUAGACAUGGGUUUACAAUGGACGCACAAGGGUCUUGAAAGUCUGGUUGACGAGUUCCCUGACUUGAAACUGCCACCAUUGAAACCAGGCAAUGUGUGUUUGUUGGAUCCACGUGCCAAAGAGGAUCUUUCUGUGGCAGACCAAGACAAAUUCAAGUAUUUGUUGUUUGGCGGGAUCUUGGGUGACCACCCGCCAAGAGAUAGAACUAGUGAGUUACAGAAAUUACAUCCUGGUUUAUUAGAGGGUAAAAGACUUGGUGACAAGCAGAUGACCACAGAUACUGCGAUCAGGGUAUGUCAGAUAAUAAUGAGGGAUUCGGUACCGUUGGAUAAAAUACCAUUUGUCGAUUAUCCAGAGUUUAGGUUUAAUAAACAUGAAGCCACUGAGAUGCCAUUUAGAUAUGUAUUAGAUAAAAGCACAAAUAAACCAAUAUUACCAGAGGGAAUGUUGGAUUUGAUUAAAAGAGAUUCUCAAAGAACCUUAGACGAUUUCUUCUAA